GCAUCUCUUACAGAAUAUAUGAACGAUGAUAUAACCGAGUUGUCGAACCGGCUUUUAGAAAAUUUUGAAUGUUCGUCCACGCACGACCGGUUUGUAAAUGCAGAGGUUAUAAGUUGCUCCAUAAUCAUCUCAGUCAGCUCUGUAUAGGAUUUUAUCUGCUUGUUAAAACGACAGCAAUUUGAACAGAAUUUGGAACAAUUUCCAACUACAUAUUUUUAAGCAAUACUAUGUCAUGAAUAUAACAGUAACAUGAUGUCAUGUGAUAAUAUGAUAUUCUGCUCCGAGAUAUCAGAUGUUAUAGUUAAUAUGUAAAAGCAUACAUAAAAAAAAUUAAAGACGAUUAAAGAUUACUGUAAUUUUAGAUGCUGGCUAAUUUUUAUUUCACACAAUGAUCACUAGUGAUGUACAAGACUCCUUAAAGGAAGCUCUGUACGAGACAUUAACUGGAAUUUUAUCACCGCAUUAUGAAACUCGCAAAGCAGCUGAGCAAAGAAUUCAAGCUUUGGAAGUCACAGAAGAGUUUGGAGUACAUUUGACAGAAUUUGUUGUGGAUUCUAGUGGACACUUGCCAAUUAGACAAUUAGCUUCUGUUUUAUUGAAACAAUAUGUUGAGACGCAUUGGUGUUCGUUGGCUGAGAAGUUCCGUCCACCAGAGCUUAACAAUAGUGCUAAAGAAAGGAUUAAGGAGUUACUACCUUUAGCGCUUCGAGAAUCUGUCAGUAAGGUGCGAACCGCAGUAGCUUAUGUGAUAUCUGCUAUAGCACAUUGGGAUUGGCCUGAAAACUGGCCUGCCUUGUUUGACGUUCUUGUCAGCUGUUUAAGAGAGGAGAGUGAGUAUGCUGUUCAUGGAGCAAUGAGAGUCUUAACAGAGUUCAGUCGAGAUCUCACAGAUGUUCAGUUACCAAAUGUUGGACCUGUUAUUCUUCAAGAGAUGUACAGAAUAUUUCAAAAUGAAAAUCAGUAUUCAGUCAGAACACGCGGUCGUGCAGUUGAGAUUUUUGUAACGAUUACAACUUUGGUUGCUAAUACGGGAAUUUAUGAGAAGGGGUUUAUAGAGCAGUAUCUACAGCCAACCAUUCCUAUGUUCUGUGAGAAGUUUGUUGAGUGCCUCAGAGUGCCUAAUGGCCCGAUUAGCGACAGUGGAUUGAAAACAGAUAUUAUUAAAGCUAUAAAUUGUCUUGUUACAAAAUUGCCCAAGUACGUGUCAGAUCUUUUACCUCAAAUAUUGCCAUCUAUAUGGGAAACUUUAUGUCAAAGUGCAAAGAUCUAUCAAGAAACAACGGUCAAUACCGAUGAGGAUGUUAACGAUAAAGAAGUUGAUUCUGAUGGCGAAGUAAUUAAUUUUAAUAGUUUGAUUAUUGCGAUAUUCGAGUUUGUUCAGACCAUUGUGGAUCGUAAAAGGUUCAUCAAUCUAUUGGAUAAUAUGUUACCGGAAGUUAUGUAUUAUCUAAUAAUAUUUAUGCAAAUAACAUUUGAUCAGAUUCAGCAGUGGACAACAAAUCCGAAUCAAUUUGUCGAAGAAGACGAAUGCACCUUCGAUUACAAUGUUCGAAUUUCGGCGCAAGAACUUUUAACGACUCUUAUCAAUCACUUUAAAGAAAAAGCGGUGCACACACUUUUCGAUAUUGUUACACGACAUAUUGAAGCAACAAAGACAUUACAAGCCAAUAGUGUUGGUAGCAACAGCAACGAAAGUUGGUGGAAAUUACGAGAAUCGUCUCUUCUAGCAUUAAGUCUUUCUAAAAAUAUCAUUAUUAAAGAACAUCAAGCGGGAAUGUUGCAGUUCGAUAUCAUUAAGUUUCUAGACACAGUGGUUUUGGGAAUAUUAAAUGAUUCAGAUUCGCCCCCCUUGCUUCUCGGUCGUUGCUUAUGUCUCGGUGGUCGAUAUGCCAAGGUGAUGCCGCCAGAAGUGAGUUCCAGAUUUCUAGAAGCAACAGUUAACGGCUUGCAGGAAAAUCAACCGCCAUGUAUUCGCAUUAGCGCUGUUAAAGCGAUUUAUUGGUUCUGCGAGGCGUCGACUGAGAAAGAUUUUCUUGUGAACAUAAUACGCUGCCAUAUGCCCAAUAUCUUUCAAGGACUAUUCAGCUUAGUUAGUCAACCGAAUACAGAUAUUUUGACUCUGGUCAUGGAGACGCUCCAAAUGCUAGUCUGGCAACAUAAAGAGUUUACAGCAUCGGUGGAAAACAAGAUUUGUCCGCUGACAAUUGCGGUGUUUGUAAAGUUUAAUAGCGAUCCGACAAUCUUAGAUAUAUGCCAGGAUAUAUUCAAGGACUUGACGCAGAAUCCGAGCUGCAUCGGGCCGCUGCAAACUCGUAUAAUACCGACUCUUAUGAGCAUGAUGGCGAUUACUCCUAUGAAUAAAUCAAAGGACGAAGGAUCUCGAAGCGUAGCGUUAGAUGUGUUGAAAGUUUUGGUGCAGUAUUCACCGACGCCUCUGAGUAGUGCUUUGAUCGAAACUGCUUUCCCUGCUUCUUGUCAUUGCCUUCUUAACUCGGAGGAUCACGCGACGCUACAGAGCGGCGGAGAGCUCAUCCGCACUUAUUUAUCCGUAGCGGCGCAGCAAGUCAUCGUACACAGAGACAAUGAAGGGCAGACUGGAUUGCAGUACAUAUUGCAGAUUAUUGCUCAGCUUUUAAAUCCGCAGUCGAGUGAGUUUACCGCUACUUUCGUUGGGCGCCUAGUCACCACGCUGAUUAGAAAUGUUGGGAACGGUCUCGGCGAGAAUCUCGAUUUGUUGCUGAAAGCGGUAUUGAGCAAGAUGCAAAGUGCGGAAACAUUGGUCGUUAUGCAGAGUCUACUGAUGAUUUAUGCGCACCUUAUAAACACACAAUUCGACGCUGUGUUGAACUUUUUGUUCACCGUGCCCGGUCCGACAGGACAAAGUGCGCUCGCGUUCGUGCUAUCUGAAUGGGUCAGCAGGCAGCACCUGUUCUUCGGUGGAUACGAUCGCAAAGUCGGAACGGUUGCAUUGUGCAAGAUUCUAGAAUACGGAGUCACACAAGGGGAUAGCAGGUUAGAUGAAAUCACGGUCAAGGGAGAUAUAAUCAUCGCAGGGAUCGAUGAUGGCGUGAGAACCAGAAGUAAAGCCGAAUCACAGCCUUACGAAUGGACUACAGUGCCUGUACUUGUAAAGAUUUUUAAAGUAAUAAUCAAUGAAUUAUCGAACGAUAUCGAAGCUGUCAGUGCCAGUCAAGAUACAGAAGUCUCUAACGACGAGGAUGAAGAUGAAGACGAGGACGAAUUGAUAGAUCCCGGAAAUGAGACUGCAAAUGCUUUACAAUUUGGAGGCAUGGACGAAGAUAAUGACGAGGAAGAGGAUCCAGAAUUGCUGCAGGACUCGAUCUACCAUUUAAAUCUCAGCCAAUAUUUGCGCGAUUUCCUGCUGAACUUUUCCACUCAUCAUUGCUUCCGCAUGUAUAUCCAACACCUGAAUGUGCCAGAACUAAAAGUUUUGAGGAACAUAAAUAUUAACGGGCUCAUGUAACGGAGAAAUUUGUAAGAUCGGAACCGUUUUUGAAUUUCAUAAUAAACAAUCUUUUCUAUACCCAG